AUGGGGUGGAUAAUCGGACCUCUUUUGCUGCUUCUAACUAUUCUGUUCAUCUAUCUGCUUAGGGUGAACCGAGCAUUGUCAAGCUUACCAGACGAAGCCCGGAAGCUUAGUCCCCACCGAUUCACCUCGACGGAAAUCCGUGAGUGCGCAAGGCGGCUAGAAGGCCGCACUUUGGACUUGAAAGACCAUUUACCUCCUCGGACCGGUCGGAGGUAUGUCGUUACUGGCGGUUCAGGUUUUGUGGGAGGUUGGAUUCUCCGACACUUACUCCAACGUGGAGAAGAUUCACGGACAAUUGUCAAUUUCGAUAUCAGACCCCCUGUGAAAGGAGGACUUGAGGCAAUCAGGUUUAUCAGUGUAGACGUGACCGAUCCAGAGUCACUUGCACACGCUUUUGCAACCGCUUGGGAUGAUGGCGCUUCCAAACUUCCCCUGACAGUGUUUCACACUGUCGCGAUCGUCAGAACAACUGACCGGACACAUGAUACCAUGGGACCAUAUGAACGGAUCAAUAUCCACGGGACUCAGAACACACUCGAAGCCUCUAAGGCUGUUGGUGCAUCGGUCUUUCUCAUGACAUCUUCUGGAUCUGUUCUCAUAGCUCGACCUGGGCUCUGGAUGUGGCCUUGGCAAAAGUAUCCUGCACGUUUUGUUCAACCAUUGUGCGACCAUGAGCCCAGCUUGUAUCUUUCUAAACUUGAGGAAUUUUUCGGUUGCUACGCAUACUCCAAGUUUCAGGCCGAGAAACUGGUUCAACGAGCCGAUGAUCCUGACGGUGGGUUCCGGACCGGUUGCAUUUGGCCUGUCAAUGCUGUAUAUGGUGACGAGGAUGAUCUUCAAGGAGGACAAAUGCUUCGAAAUGGAGGAUCCCCUAGCUGGUUGCACAACAUCCUACAGAACUUUGUACAUGUCCAGCACGUGUCCCUUGCACACUUGCUAUAUGAAGCACGCCUCAUAGACCUCCUCUCGCCACCCGCGUCUUCUCAGAUGCCCGACAUUGGAGGAGAAACAUUCGCUGUCACCGAUCCCAACCCCUCCAUUACCUUUGGGGACAUGUAUAAAGUUUUGGAAACCCUUUCGGUUUCUCCAGUGAGCUUCCCUUACAUUCCUGGAAUCCUGCCCUUCUUGAUAUCGUAUCCGAUUGAGGCGUAUUAUCUCUUUCAAAUUCGAUAUCCUACAAUCACUGCUGCUCUUAAACUUCCGCCUCUUGGCAGAGAUGGAAAAUUGUAUCUUGUGCCGAGUCUGUUUUACAUCACCUCAGUACACGCAGUUUGGGAUGACUCCAGUGCCAGGCGAAGCAAAAAUGAUGGCGGAUUGGAAUAUGAAGGCAGCUGGACAACGCUGGAAGGUCUGGUAUCGCAAGUCCUCGCUUGGAACAAAGCUUGGACAGCCGAAGGAAAACCGAUAAGAAAAGGUUGGGAACACUGGGGCUCGUUGACGGGCGAACUCGAUGUGACCGAAGCAGCAGAAGGUGCGGCUCUCGGUGUGAGAGCUGCUAUAAAAGAUUGA